AAACCUUCAUUUGGAUGGAAAGACAUCAGUAGUGCGAGACGACAGAGCUGCACCACAAUGAUCGUUCAACUGGCUGCUUUGAUUCUUCUUUGUACGACGUCUCUGAUUGAAUCGGCAGAGGAUCCUCACCUGAUCUCUUUGGCUGUGGUAGAAGUUGGUAGAAGUUUUACUUUUCAAUGUCCAGUUUUGGAGAUCGAAGGCAAACUAUAUUCCUUGUACAAGCAGUCUAUUGGACAAAUGGCCCAGCCAGUUUUUUACGUGAUUCUUGGCAAACUAACAGUUAUUGAACCUUUUUUAGACACACGGUUCACAGCAACAAAAGAGGAUACUCAUUAUCUUUUCACAAUCAGAAAUGUCAGAAAAGAGGACGAAGCAACAUAUUUUUGUCUCACUGGAUCGACGUAUUCACAGAGUUUUGGCAUUGGCAUCUUCUUGGCUGUGAAAGAUCAGCGGAAAUCUGUCUACGUGAAGCAAAGUCCGAAGACCAAGUCAGUCCAGCCCGGCGACACAGUGACUCUGGAGUGUUCACUUAUCUCCAAAAACAACGAAAGCGCAGAUCAGUGUCCAGGUGAACACAAUGUUUCCUGGUUCAGAUCUGGAUCAGGAGAAUCUCAUCCAAGCAUCAUUUACACUCACAGUGAGGAACAAAAGGAACGCAGUUGUGUCUUCAGUCUGUCCAAAACUAUACACAACUCCUCUGAUACCGGGACGUAUUACUGUGCUGUGGCUACAUGUGGACAGAUCCUGUUUGGAGAAGGAACUACAGUGGAGACAAGAGAUUCAGAAACAGAACUGAACCCAGUUGUCCUUGUGCUUGGAGUGCUGUUGGCCUGCUGUGUGACUGUGAUUGCCUUUCUUAUUUCCUAUGGAUACCGAAGGAAGUCUUGCAAAAAUUGCAAAGGAGCAGUGAGUGCUUCCCAUCAUCAUCUUAGACCGGACAUGUCAACUGGGGGUCAAUCAAAUGACAUGGAUGAAGAAGCGAAGGCAGUGACUUAUGCAUCAGUGGAUUUUUCAACAAGGAAAGUGAAAAGAGGAAGGAGAAAGGAGAGAGAAAUGCCAAAAGAUUGUAUGUACUCUGUUGUUAGAUCAGAUCACUACAACCAGCCACACCCCUCUCUAUAGUCAGAGAUUCGUGUUGCUUUCUGAAUGUGUUGAUACAGGAAGUGUGCCAACAUUACUGUAAUGUGUCAUCUAGGUCGACACGUCUGUGGAACUGUUUGCUUCUGUUUUUUUGUUGACAUGAUACAACUUGAUAUUUAUAGUGUCCCCUAAUAUUGAGUAACUGUAUCUUCACUCAACUACUACAACAUACACAGUAUGCCUGUGAGUUACGGGUUAGCCUCCUUAGAUAAACAAUGCAUGGAUUUAGUCCUUCAUCCGAGUCUGCGGUGAGGGACUCAAGGCAACAAAUCUGUCAUCCAGUUGAAGGAUAGUUAUCUUUUAACUGAUGAUCGAUAUAUAUUUAUGGUUAGAAUAAAGAUAAAGAUUUGUGUUAAUAUCAUAACGUGUCAUUAUAACAUAACAGCCAAAACAACGUAAUUCAGAGCAACUAGCAUAAAUCAAUAGCAACCGCCCGUAACGGACUUCCUUUUGUAACAGGCGUAAAGUAAAUGUUGGGUUUUGGUUUCACUUAGGAAACAAAAAGAGGUCUCCUACGUCAAAGUCCUGUGCUUAUUUUGAGCGAUCCAACAACCGUCCCACCCUUAUUGGACUUUCUCGUUAGCUGUAUUUUAUAUUAAACCACGUAACUUUCAGUAACGAUUGCAAGAGAUAAUCCGCUCUGCGCUUCGUUCAUAGUACUAAGUCACUUACGAGAACAUUGAAAUUCAACAUUUCCAUUGAUUACAGACACAUACUAUAUAAUUAAAGCUCUAAAUGGCCUUUGAUACUGUUAAUAACCCAGACAAAGUCAUAACAGAAGAGGUUUUAUUCUCCUUUUUAUUCACAGACAAUUGUUUAAGUCAAUAGACCAAAAACCUUUUGUCCGCUGCUUUCCCUACUGCUGCACGGGAGUAGUUUCUUACUCCGUGAUAAGAGCAGGUCAAAUACAUUACAAGUUGCAUGAGACAAUAUCUGGUCCUAUACAUUCAUUGAGUGCUGUUGUGGUUCAAAUUAUUUAGUUUUAGGAAGUUACUACACUGAAAGGUGGGGUAUGUAAUUUUGGAGAAACCAGCUCGAGUGCGCUAGAAUUUGAAAGUAAACA